CCCCUAUGUCUCUGCACUCCGGUAGCCUCUCUGUUCUCUCUGUUCUCUCUCUCUGUUUUGAUGAUGUUCUGUUCUGACUUCAUAGUCCACGAUGUGUUGUUUCAGGGGAAUUUUGUUGUUCGCCAUGGAAGAUCGCCUGGACAGGCAGAGCGACAAGGCCACGCUGAUGGGACAAGAUGAGCAGCAUGGCCGUGGAAAUGAAAAGAGGGUGCAGAUUCUCACGGAUGAUGGGGAUUUCUCCCUGCUGGAACCGGCGUCCAAGGGAUUCUCCCAGCGGCCCUUCGACAGACCUCUCCCGUGCUGCGGUUGCGGCGUCGGGUGGUUCUCGUUUCUCCUGGGGUUUGUGUUUCCUCCAUUCUGGUACUAUGCUACGGUUCUGUACUUUGGCAAUUACCAUCUCAAAGACCCGAGGGAAAGAGCUGGACUUGCGGCAUCUGCAAUUGCAGCUUUGAUCUCGACCGUGGCUAUCCUGAUUUCUCUGCUCGCGGUGUUCUUUCCGCGCACUUUUCAGCGACAUUGAUCAUCAUAAGUAUGCAAGAAACAGAAGCAUGGAGAUGUCCUCGUUAGCGACUCUGUGCCGUUUUGACUAUUGCUAUACUAGGCUGUAACCCCAAAAGCUAAAAGCUGCCUCUUUCUAUCUCUCUCUCUCGUUCUUCACACGUGCGCUCACCCAUCCACCUGGACGCACACAAUCCAUCGACUUGCAGGUUGUCGAGAGUCUAUGAGAAUUGGAAAUUUUGAUGUAUCACUUAUCUUUUCUUAGCAAUGUAAGGACUCGAACUGUUUAUAUGGUUGCAGUUCCGACCGACAAAGGUUGGUUUGAA